AUGGGGGAGGCCAGGGUGGCGGCGGGGCUCGUGCUGGGAGCUGGCGCGUGUUACUGUGUUUACAGGCUGACCAGGAGCAGGCGGGCGGGAGCCGCAGCCGGGACAGAAGGAGCCGCUAGCGCUAGGCACGGGUCAGCCCCAGCGGGCGGUUUGGUGCCUCAGGUGUCCGGGCUUUCCGUCCUUUCCAGCCUCCAGUCAGACACGGAUCUUCCAAAAUCACCCAGUAACCUGGAUGCCCAUCAUCUACAGAAACUUCUUCAUUUGCUUGAGUUCACAGAUGAUCCGUUAAUUCAAGAACAAGCCUUGGUCACUCUGAGCAACAGUGCUGCCUUCUCUGUAAAUCAAGAUAUAAUUCGAAAAUUGGAUGGCCUUUCUGUUAUUGGAAAGAUGCUCUCAAAUUCCAUUCCCAAAGUUAAAGAAAAAGCACUAAAUGCACUUAAUAAUUUGAGUAUGAAUGUUGAAAAUCAAGAGGAGAUAAAGGUAUACAUUUUACAGGUCUGUAAGGAGAUUGAGUUAUCACCUUUGAACUCUGAUCUGCAGCUAGCUGAACUUAGAUUAUUAACAAAUAUGUCUGUUACCAAUGACUACCACCAUAUGAUGACAAAUGCAAUUCCGUGCUUUCUUCAUUUGCUUUCAGAAGGAAAUGAAAGGACACAGAUUCAAGUUCUGAAAGUACUUGUGAACUUAUCUGCAAACCCAGCCAUGACAAGACAUCUUUUCAGUGCUCAAGCACCAUCAUUGCUUUCACUCUUUGACAACUGCAUAAACAAAGAGAUUCUACUUAGAGCCCUGAUGUUUGUUGCAAAUUUGAAUGAGAAUAUGAAAAAUGAAGAGGGCAUCAUUACCCAGGAUCAAUACAGUGAAGAUACAGUUUUUUCUCUGCUCUGUGGGCAUUCUACCCAAAAUACUAAGAAACUGGUAUGUUUAUUGCAUCACCAUGAUACGGAAGUGAAAGAACAAGUUGCCAAAAUAAUAACACAACUAAGAGGAGAUACUAAAACCAGAUACUCUGUUAAAUUACAGUAAUAGAAAAUGUUUAUAUUGAAUGCUAAAAUGAAUGUCAUUUCAUGAAAGUGAAGUUUAACCCACUGCUCUUAUUUUGCUGAGCACCAUUACAUUACUGUAAGCAAGACAGCUUACAAUGCAUUUAAUACUCUUUCAGAGUAAUGUAAAACAAUGGUCUGUUUAGUACUGACAGUCUCCUACACAAAACUAGUGUGUGUACAUGAUGGAGGAAAGACUUUGGGCCAUGGAAAUAUUUCCAUUUCAAACUUACAGUAAGUUAUGAAACAACAAGCUCAACUUUUAAAAAGUGAACCUUAAAUUUUAGUUAGGUAAUUCUAUUAACUUUACUAUACACGUGCAGGGAAAUACUGGAACAUCUAUUAAGUAAAAUUAAUCCCCACAUUAUUACUUGGCUGAAAGCAUAAUGAGAUUAGUCAGAUUAUAUAAACAUAUUUUGAAGGGAACUAGAAACAAAUUUAACAAGUAGCUUAUAAGCAUUAUAUUACCCUCUUAAUUGCAAAGUGUAUCAACUCAAAAAACAAAUGCAAACACUUUGAAUAUAGAAUGUAGAACAUGUAGUACAUCUUGUACUGAAACAAGGCCACUAAAAAUCCCUGAACAAAGAAUUAUAGUGGCACAGUUGUGUCACUAUAGUUAAGGUUGCAUCUUGACUUUUGUUUAAAGGUCAGCCUUUCUAAAUCCUUUAAAAUCAACAUGCUUAGUUGGAUUCCUCUGAAAUUUGGUGUGCCUUGGGCAGUAAAGGGCAUGGUUAUUGAUGUGGAGAUAUAAGCCCCAGAAAAAGUUACCAUUUUUCAAAAUGGUAUUUUUGUUUUUUUGCACAGAGCUAGGGCUCAAACUGUUGAUGUGGGUCAAAAUAGUCUGUCUGAGUUUUACACAAGCUAGUGCAUAGCACCCACUAAGUCUUAAGGGAGCCCAAAAUGAGUGGUAUUUAAGAAUGUAUAUUUACAGUGCAAAUGCACCAACACAGAAAAACAUUUCUGCCACUUUAUAUGCUUUAUAGCUCAAUUUUUGAAAGUGCUCUAAAAUUAGAAAUGUUAUUUGAAUGGCUCUGAAAUUUGGUGUGCUCAUGGGGGCACAGGGUAGUGUUAGUGACCAUAACUUGGAGUCAUUUGACCAAGGGGUUCUUGAGUUACAGACCACCCUCACCUUCCCCCAAAAUAACUGUUUCCUUUUGCUGUUAAACUGAGUGGUACUAACAGCUGGAUAACUCACAGACCUCAUUAAGAUUGAUGGCUGUGCACUCACCCUUCAAUUAACACAGCCAAGGAUAAGUAAAUCACAACCCCUAUCUAAGACAAAAGGUUGCUACAAUUUGAGUCAUGGAUGGCAGAUUUUUUUGGGGGGAGGGGGGAAUGUAAUCAGUCUUUGGGGGGGGGGGGAGUAGACAUGUGAAUGCUUCCUGGGAGAGGAGAGGUAUUAGGUGGCAGUGGAAUAGGGGGAGGGAGUUAUAUGGGGAUGACAGCAAGGUUGGGAGGCUCCAGUGAGGUAAGUGCAGCACCCCUGAACUCUGCCAGUACACCCCAAUUUCACUCCACACCUCUGUCAGUGUAUCCCAAUGUAUACACAAACUGCACACAUCCACCAUUUCAAUUAGUCUGUGAGCUUUUUGGUGCAGGAACUGUCAGUGGUGUGGGAGCACCACUGUAGUUUAGGUUGUGUCAUAACUUUUGUUUAAAGGUCAAACUUUAAGUCCUCUAAAAUUGACAUGCUUAGUCAGAUUCCUCUGAAAUCUGGUGUGCCCCAGAAGACUGCAAAGUAGGGUUAGUGACCCAAAUGCGGGGCCAUUUGAGCUAGAGGAUGGAGAGAGAGAGGCCUGAAAAUAGCUAUUUUUCAAAAUUUUUAGAUGGUUUUUUGUGUGUUUUGGACAGAGCUAGAGCCUGAAUUAUUGAUGUGAUGCAGAUCAAAAUCUGUCUUGAGUUUUACCCACAGUAGUGCAUGGCACCCACUAAAUCUUUGAGGGACCCAAAUUGAGAAUGCUAUUUAAGAACAUGUUCACCUCUUCACUUGUGUAGAUGUGGUCUGGAAGGAUUGCAGUGAGCAUGCACCAAAAAAGAAAAAUGGGAGGGGGUUUCUAUGCAUCUACUUCAUGUUUGCCUCCUUGGGGAGCUACCCACCACUGGUGGUUCCAGACCAAACCUUUGUACACUUGUAUAAUAAAGAUUUAACAAUGCA